CGGGCGAGGAGGGGGGACACACUGGGACACGUGCGUGCGGGGCGGCCAUGCCAGUGCUCGCGCGCGGUGCUGAGUCAGAAACCGGCAUCCCCGACCCGCCCCGCGCCCGGGAGCGGCGCUCCGAGGCCAUGGAGGAGCUGGAGCACACCUGCCCCCAGCCGCGCCUGACUCUGACGGCACCCGCUCCAUUUGCAGAUGAAAGAAGCUGUCAGUGCCAAGCUCCCCAUGAAAAGCUAACCAUUGCACAAGCCCGCCUGGGAACACCAGCUGAUAGACCUGUCAGAGUGUAUGCAGAUGGGAUAUUUGACCUCUUCCACUCUGGCCACGCUAGAGCUCUUAUGCAAGCCAAAACUCUAUUCCCAAAUAGCUACUUAUUAGUAGGAGUUUGCAGUGAUGAUUUAACUCAUAAAUUCAAAGGCUUCACUGUGAUGAAUGAAACUGAGCGAUACGAAGCUCUCAGACAUUGUCGCUAUGUGGAUGAGGUCAUCAGAGAUGCACCUUGGACACUGACGCCUGAGUUCCUUGAAAAACAUAAGAUUGACUUUGUAGCCCAUGAUGACAUCCCAUACUCCUCCGCUGGCUCGGAUGAUGUAUACAAACACAUAAAGGAGGCAGGAAUGUUCGUACCAACGCAGAGAACCGAAGGUAUUUCAACAUCAGAUAUCAUCACAAGGAUCGUCCGGGACUAUGAUGUAUACGCCCGGCGCAACCUCCAACGGGGAUACACCGCCAAAGAGCUGAAUGUUAGUUUUAUAAAUGAGAAGAAAUACCGAUUUCAAAACCAAGUGGACAAAAUGAAAGAAAAAGUCAAGAAUGUGGAGGAAAAAUCAAAAGAAUUUGUUUACAAGGUGGAAGAAAAGAGCCAUGACCUCAUUCAGAAAUGGGAGGAAAAGUCCAGGGAGUUCAUUGGCAACUUUUUAGAGCUGUUUGGACCCGACGGAGCUUGGAAGCAGAUGUUCCAGGAAAGAAGUGGCCGAAUGCUCCAGGCUUUUUCUCCCCGGCAGAGCCCAAACAGCAGUCCUACACGAGGCCGUUCUCCAUCCCGUUCUCCAUCUCCGCCCUGGGUCUUCAAUAAAGCCUCCCCUCCCUCUUCUCCAAAAGCUGCCUCUGCCUCCCUCAGCAGCAUGAGCGAGGGAGACGAGGAUGAAAAGUAGAAUAAAGAUCUAUUUUUUUAACCAUGAGACAGAAGAACAAGCUGUGAACUCAACCACUGGAUGGGGAGAAGCAUGAGGAAAAUCUGGGGUAUCUCUGACAGCAGGGAAGAUGCUCUGGGAGAAGAUGCUGAAAACGGACUGGAGCACAGCAAGGGAGGUCUCAGGAAGAGCUUGUCCCAUCCCCACUCUCUCACAGUGCCUGGAGGCCUGGCUAGCAGCGCUUGCCAGACACGGUACCGGGGACUAACAGAAAAGCAUGCACCUUUGUGCAAGUUCCUCUCCAUGCAUUGCUGCUCACAGCUGCUGGGUCAGCAGGGAACUCUGCACUGAGCGGGGCUGGCGGGAGAAGCCCUGUCAGCUCCUGAUCCAGAACCGGCACACAGGCACACGAUGGAUGCUGCAGCCUGUGGAUGGAGGAGAUGCAGUUGUUCCAGACUCUGCUAACCUUGAGCUCCUCUGGCACGUGAAGAAAAGGCAUUGCUGCAGAAAAUACAUUCAGAAACAGGAAAUAAAAUUUUACCUUUUUUCUUUUUUUAAUGGAAGCUGCCCAGACACCAAACCACGCCAGUGAAACGAAGAGCUCUCCAACCGAACUGGUGGAAAUCUAUUUAAUAUAUUUAAGCGAUCGAAUUCUGCUUGUUGACCAAGCCUCUGUACAGGGAGUGUGUAGAGAGUCAGGCUGUAUUUGCUUCGUCGGAUCGCUCUGUGUUCCUAGUGCCUGAACAGCUGCCUGAUAACUUCUGGUUUGCCCCUUGGCUUUAAGCUUUGGAGACAAGAAAGUGAAUGAAAAGGCAGACCUAGCUGGAAUGUGGUGUUAUAGGAAAUAGUUUCAAGAUGUUGGUGUUUUUUGCUGGUGAAUUCCAAAAAACCAGAUGUGGGAUCUCAAGGCCUCGAGACGUGGCCUCCUAGGAAACCUUGCUGCUCCCUGCUAUGUAUUGCCAAACGACAAGCACAACAGUGCUGCUGUCCUCACACGCUAUGCAGCCAGGUAAACGAAUUUCUCAUCAAACACUAAUCAAGAUGUACUCACACUCUGCCCCCGGUGGGGUCCCGAGACCAUUCCUCUACCCUAACUUGGAGAAAGAGUUGGAAAAAACAAUAGAAAUCUUUUAAACAGGAUCAAGUGUGGAGAUUUCCUUUCUCUGUCCAUGACAGCUGUACAGUCCAAAGCAGAACCACAGGAAGGGCAGCAUGAGGGAGGCUUUCCACUCCUCUUGAUGCUGAUCCCCUCCAGCUGGCAAAGCCAAGCCUACCUAAUGUCCAGCUCCACCAUUCAGGUCCCUCAGCUGGCACCUGAUGAGGUGGCUGUGGGUUUGCAGGACUUCUGAGCACAGGGGACACCAAGGGCCCAAGGCUGUCCUGCCCCACAGCUCAGAAGGCUGCAGGGAACACCCAGCCCACGUAACUGUGGAAGAUCUGCAAAGCAAUGAUGCAAGUUUGCUCCAGGCUUGCCUGGCAAAGCUGCCUCUGUGCACAGGGACAUUUAAGGCUCUCCAGCCCAGUGCCAGCUUGGGUGCCACCACUCGCCUGUCCCACCAGCAGCCUGCUGGGCACGGACCCCGGGCAGCCUGGGCACAGGCUCACAGCAGUGAAAUCACCACUGUGCCACUGCUGCCUGGAGUUGCGAACCCUGUGGGUGGCAUCAGUCAGCACAGGAAACGCCUGGGAGAGAGAGGGCUCUGGGCGACUCUUGGAAAAGAGCUGAAGGAACAAGAUGGCCUAGUGCCCGAGCACACAGGAUAGCAGUACCUACUGGCAGCAGUCCCCCCACCAGGAUACCAUCCUUACCUCACCGAGUGACCUAGUAGGUAAACUUUCACUCCUUCCCUUCCAGAUGCUUUUUCAGGCAAGUAAAUGACCCUUCUCCCAGGCACUAAAUUGAUUCCCUACAGCUUUGAUCCCUCCCCAGCUACUAGGUAACCAGUUUUCCUUUGGGGACACUUUGCCCAACACUUCUCUGGCUACAAGAAGACUGAGUACACAACAUCUCGUGGCAUGCUUUGUCCUCUGGUGUCAAGCUAGUUCCUUCUUCACAGAGUUGCAAAAAAAAAGAUGAGCAGGGAAUAGGGUGAACUGUGACUUUCACUGCAAAGAGCAACGGGAGAUCCACAGCCAGUUCAGCUGCCACCAGCAGUGUGCCCAAUGGGACGAUGCAAUUGAGACCUUUUUCAGCCUUAGGCAACCUGUUACUGUAAUUUCGUACCUGGGAUGCACUUGUUAGUUUUUUUCUGAUUCUUUGCAAGACUUAAGUCUACCCAUCGCAAACCACUCCACCACCACAGGAACCAUCUGCUCUCUGUUGGUGCUGUUUAUACCAGGAGCCGCACCCAAAUGUACUGGAGAUGGGCAGGUGUUUGUUGUUCUUGGCUUUUACCAUCUUUUUUUCUGUUUUAAUUUCAUAGCUCGUAACUGUUCAGCAGCCUUUGUUCAGUGGAAGACAGCACCACGACUUGUUAAUAGGAACUGGAGAAAAACUCACCAGUGACCUCUUCUGAACAGAAGCUGUUUCUCAGAGUCACAGGGGGCUCCCCAGCGACAAAGCCAUAUAAUGUAACAGACAUCCUUUCGCAUUUAGGAUAUCAAUAAGCUGAAGCCUUUGCCCUGCGGGUACAGACACCAAUAUCCAUUGCUGUCUCCAGCAAACGAGAACCUCAUUGUCUCUGGACACACAGAGAGUAAUUUUGCACUUCUGAAUCAUGGUUGGGUUUUAUUUUUCAUGAGUGUUGCUUUAAUUCAGUCCUAUUUAUCAGCCAAGCUCCACAUGAAAAAUAAAAAGUGUA